GAGCCUGCUCUCCAGUAGUACGAGCAGCGGCCAGUCUACGGUCACUUCCCUCUCCUCGCGUCACCCGCCAUCCGCAACCACCGCAACGGUUACUUCCCUCUCCUCGCGUCCGCGGUUUGGGUUUCGCCGCGUCUCCCACCCAUGGCCGCGUCCGCGGCCACCUCGCUCCCGCGCGUCUCCCUUCCGCCGCCCCGCCGCCGCACCGCCGCCUUUCCCCUCGCCUCCAUCCCCGCCCGCCGUUGCCGCCACCACCUCCGUCUCCGCCGCUCACCAUCACCGGUGGGGACUGCAGCCGCGAGCUCCCCAUCCGUGCCCUCCUCUUCCCCGGAGCCCGGGUCGGGCAUCCUCGGUGGCGUCGAAAUCUACUCCGCGGCCACCGGCGAGCCCGUCCUGUUAAGGGACCUGUGGGACCAGAACGAGGGAAUGGCCGUCGUUGCACUGCUAAGGCAUUUUGGAUGCCCUUGCUGUUGGGAGUUGGCUUCUGUUUUGAGGGACACGAAGGAGAGAUUCGAUUCAGCUGGAGUCAAACUAAUUGCUGUUGGUGUUGGCAGUCCAGCUAAAGCCCGUAUUCUUGCUGAGCGCUUGCCCUUUCCGUUGGAAUACCUCUAUGCAGAUCCUGAACGAAAGGCGUAUGACCUCUUGGGUCUAUAUUUUGGUAUUGGUCGCACAUUCUUCAACCCAGCCAGUGUGAAAGUGUUUUCACGGUUUGACUCCCUUAAGGAGGCGGUGAAGAACUAUACAAUUGAAGCAACCCCAGAUGAUAGGGCAGGUGUCCUGCAACAGGGCGGAAUGUUUGUGUUCAAAGGGAAAGAGCUGUUGUAUGCAAGGAAAGAUGAGGGCACAGGUGACCAUGCACCUUUGGAUGAUGUCCUCAACAUUUGCUGCAAAGUUCCAUUCGUGUGAUGGCAAGCCCUACGACUCGCCUGGUUACAAAAAAGAAGUAAGAAUAUGCUUCUAAUGCAUAUUGUCUUCAUCCACUCUCUUUAGACAUCAACAGAUCCUUUGCUUUGCUCACAAGUUGCACAUGGUUCUAUAUGUUGUGCCGGUUCCCUCCAUGUCAAUUGUUGCAUAACCUCAUUCUAAGUUACUUCUGUACAGUUGAAAAGCACUUUCGGCAUCCCAUUAUUUCCGAAUUUCGAAGACUAGCUGCUGCAAGGGUAGCUUCUCCAUCAAUGUACGUCUGAUGUGCCAAUGUGCCAAGGUUAAUGCAUGGAUCGAUAUGCUUGGUUAACUUUGUGAUACCUUGACAGUGAUGGAAGCCUAGUGAGGUUGGCUUGUGGUACACAUAGAGAUUGUGAAUUGUGCAUUGUAAUUAUGCAAGUUGCUGUUAACAAUUCUCUAGGAAUGCUGCACAUCUGGAGAGUACAGUCGGUAAAAUUUAAACGCGUCGUUCGAAGCUCAA